CCAAACGCGUCGCUGUUUUUGUUGUUGUCCAAAUGUAUAAAAGAUAUAAUGAGUGGAUGUCAGGACACUGAGAUAAAGAAACCAAUGCAUUCUUCUAUCUUCAUUCCUUCCCUAUUACUCUUUCUCUGCUAAAUUAUUUAAAUUUUCUCUCUUUCUCUAAUUAAUUCCCUUUGUUAUCAAAAUGGCUGUGGCUAUGGCUGCUUGCAGUCUUGGACUUCACUUGAGUGCUGACAACACCUUGAGACCUUUUGAAAAAACCACUAUCUUGAAGGCCCUCUCUAUCUCUGAUGCUACUAAAUCAUGUUACAUUUCUCACAAAACAAGAUUAUCAUCUUCAUCUUCAGGAAUAACAAUGAUCCCACGAGCAACAACAGUUACUGGUACUGUGGAGGAUGGAAAUCAAGGAGAGGCUGAUACCAUUCCAACUCCGGUAGUUAUUAUUGAUCAAGACUCUGAUCCAGAUGCAACUGUGGUCGAGAUAACCUUUGGUGAUCGCCUUGGGGCUCUUCUUGACACUAUGAAUGCGUUAAAAAACUUGGGGCUGAAUGUUGUUAAGGCAAAUGUCUUUCUAGAUUCUUCUGGCAAGCACAACAAGUUUUCCAUCACAAAAGCUGAUUCUGGAAGAAAAGUGGAAGAUCCGGAGUUGUUAGAGGCAAUCCGUUUGACAAUAUUGAAUAAUAUGAUUCAGUAUCACCCGGAAUCAAGCGCCCAAUUAGCUCUGGGAGCAGCUUUUGGACUUGUGCCUCCAAAAGAGCAGGUUGACGUGGAGAUAGCAACCCAAAUAACCAUCUCUGAUGACGGCCCAAAACGAAGUUUGUUGUAUGUGGAGACAGCUGAUCGGCCUGGAUUACUGGUGGAUCUUGUAAAGACUAUUACGGACAUUAACAUUGCCGUUGAAUCCGGAGAAUUUGACACUGAGGGGCUCUUGGCUAAGGCAAAGUUUCAUGUCAACUACAAGGAUAAAGCCCUCAUCAAGCCUCUCCAGCUGGUUCUUGUUAACAGCUUGAGAUAUUUCUUGAGGCGGCCUGAGACUGAGGAAUCCAGUUUUUAAGUGCAACACAUCAUAUUUGCCUCUGGAUUAUAAGCACCAUGGAAUUGUAGAAUGCAUGUAUUCUUUUCCAUUUGGAGAACAAUAUUUGCAGUACAUAGUUAACUCUUAAAAUUUAAUAAACCUGCAUAUCAUUGUAAAGUUACCAUUCUCGAUCAAUUUAUUUAUUUAACAUUGUUGUUUUUUUUUACAUCAUAUAAAAUGUUUGCCUACUUCCUUA